AUGUUUUUUGAAUCGAAAUAUACAGGAGGAUCUGUUAUCAAUGCUCUCCUUGCAACAGGAAAAUACAGAGUCCGUAGUCUUACACUUAAUCCUGAAUCUGAUAAAGCAAAAGCUCUUGUUGCAAAGGGUGCCGAAGCUUUCAAAGCCAAUCUUUCUAAUAGAGAAGAUGUCAAAAAUGCACUUAAUGGAGCUGAUAUCGCAUUUAUUGUAACUAAUUUCUUUGAUCUGUCCAUUUUUCCGGAUAAUAUGGCUGAAGAAGAAAGACAAGGUAAAAUGAUUGCUGACAUCGCUAAAGAAGUCGGAUUGAAUUGGCUUCUUUAUAGUUCUCUUCCGGAUACCCCCGAUUACAAAGUCAUACAUUUUUACAAUAAGAAAUACCAAUUUAUUAACUUUGGGUAUUCCGAACGUCACAUUUAUCUACAUGAGUUUCUAUGCUACGAAUUUUGGUACAUUUUUCCUGUUAUUACAAAAGAAGAUGAAACAUCUGAAUUUGUUGUUCCAUUGGUCAAUAAAAACACCACUAUUGAGAUUGUUGAUCCUGAAACCGAUACUGGCAUAACCAAAGUUAUUGAAGAAGGACCAGAAAAGUGGAAUGGAAAGAAAGUUCCAGCUGUUUCAGAAAGUAUUUCUUUUGGAAAAAUUGCCAAAAUAUUGACUAAAGUUACUGGAAGACAAUUUAAACUUCGCAGUCCCGGUUGCGAAGAAACAGAAAGAGAAUUCCCCUAUUUGGCUAGUGAAGAAAUGUUAGAUAUGAGUUGUUGGUUUAAUAGCUACAGAGUUGUUCGCUCCGACAAGGAAAUCGACAUUUCUAUUACUAAAAUUUUACAUCCAUAUGUUACUACUUUUGAACAAUAUGCAUACAAAAAAUGA